CCUGUCUGACGCCACCGUGAAAAAGGUCUAUUGCAAUAUUUUGUUCAAAUAUCUGGAAUUGUAACAAUUUGACCAAACAAAACGGGAAAAGUCUGCUGUUAUCAUCACACAUUCUUUGAUUGCUCUCGUUUUGUCUGAGGCCAAAGUCUAGACGGAACAAUAAAGAGGAAGAAGAGCUCACGAGCAGCUGACGAGUCAUAUGACAGUCACGUGGUUCAGUCAGCUGAUGCUAGCACCAAGCAGCCAGGAGCACGGAGGAGACGAACCGGACUGUCCGACAGGAUGCCUUUCUCCGAGCUGUAUUUCAAUGUGGACAACGGAUACCUGGAGGGUCUAGUCCGAGGUUUUAAGGCGGGAAUUCUGUCCCAGGCGGACUACCUUAAUCUCGUCCAGUGUGAGACUCUGGAAGACCUGAAGCUCCACCUGCAGAGCACCGACUAUGGCAGCUUUCUGGCAAACGAGGCCUCGCCUCUCACCGUAUCCGUUAUUGACGACAAGCUGAAGGAGAAGAUGGUGGUGGAGUUUCGCCACAUGAGGAACCAGUCUUAUGAACCACUGGCUAGCUUCAUGGAUUUUAUUACGUACAGCUACAUGAUUGAUAACGUGAUCCUGCUGAUCACGGGGACGCUGCACCAGCGCGCCAUCUCUGAGUUGGUGCCCAAGUGUCACCCUCUGGGCAGCUUUGAGCAGAUGGAGGCCGUCAACAUUGCGCAGACCCCUGCUGAGCUCUACAAUGCUAUUCUUGUCGACACCCCCCUGGCUGCGUUCUUCCAGGAUUGCAUCUCUGAGCAGGACUUGGACGAGAUGAACAUUGAAAUCAUCCGAAACACACUUUACAAGGCUUAUCUAGAGGCUUUCUACAAGUUCUGCUCAAACCUUGGUGGAACCACAGCUGACACCAUGUGUCCAAUUCUGGAGUUUGAGGCAGACAGGAGAGCCUUCAUCAUCACCAUCAACUCGUUUGGCACAGAGCUGUCCAAAGAGGACCGGGCCAAGCUCUUCCCCCACUGUGGCAAGCUUUACCCAGAAGGCCUUGCCCAGCUGGCACGUGCUGAUGACUACGAGCAAGUGAAGGCUGUUGCUGAUUUCUAUCCUGAAUACAAGCUGCUGUUUGAAGGUGCUGGCAGCAACCCUGGAGAUAAAACCCUUGAGGACCGCUUCUUUGAGCAUGAGGUGAAGCUGAACAAGUUGGCCUUCCUCAACCAGUUCCACUUCAGCGUCUUUUACGCCUACGUCAAGCUGAAGGAGCAGGAGUGCAGGAACAUCGUCUGGAUCGCAGAGUGCAUUGCCCAGCGGCACCGCGCCAAAAUCGACAACUACAUUCCAAUUUUCUGAGUGGGGUUUGCGUGGCCCCCUAUCCCUAAGAUAAUUUAAUUCCGUCUUUUGUCUAGUUGCAGUGCAAUGGUAAAGAUCCUGUUGUUUCCAUGAUGCAUCUUCUUGUUGACCCUUGAAAGACACAGUUUUAAUGCAAAGGUUGUUUUAGAGCAAGAGCUGCUCCAGUUUCAGUCGUCAUCACGCAGCUUUCUGAAGCCGUGUGGUGUUUAUACAGCACUCCGUGCUAAAAAAGAAAAACUAUCAUUAACUAGAACAGAGAUUUAUUGACUGGAAAACAUAAAAAUUACUGUAUGAAGCAUUAAAAAGCUCUAGUGCAGAUCUACAGCUCACGCUUGGCUUAGAACAGGGCAGAGCUCCACUAGGAAAGCUGCCUUUGUUCCUGUUGUUAGCAUGUCAUGUAAAUACUGUCUGAGUGACAUUCCAGGUUUGUGGUCUGCAUGUCGUGUCAGGAGCCCCGCCUCUCCCAUCUUGAUUCCUUGAUGUUUGUGUAUAUGAACAUAACAGAUGAAAUGUAUGAGUUUAUUAUAUUAAGUGAGUUCUCGUGCUGUCACAUUCAAUGGUGUUUUGAUCUGUGUAUCAGAGAUGUAAUAUUAAACAGACUGCUCUGAUGCAGCUUUGAAGAAACUUA